AUGUCUGUGGAAGUUACAAAGAAGGUUGAGGAACUCACCAUCGAUGGAAAGCCAGAAGUCAGCGAGGCUGCCGAAGCCACCUCUGCCCCAGUCAUCUUAACCAAAGAAUUGACUCACUAUCAUCCAUUGAAUGGUAAGUGGACCUUGUGGUACACGAAGCCAUCUGUUGACAAGAGUGAAUCAUGGGCUGAUUUAUUGAAAUCCGUGGUGACUUUCUCCACUGUUGAAGAAUUCUGGGGUAUUUACAAUGCUAUUCCAAACGCCAGUGAUUUGCCAUUGAAGUCGGACUACCACUUGUUCAGAGAAGGAAUCAAACCAGAAUGGGAAGAUGUCCAAAACUCUAAGGGUGGUAAAUGGUCAUACCAAUUCAAGGAAAAGAAGAAGAUUGAUAUCAACGAAUUGUGGUUGCGUGCUUUGCUUUCCGCCAUUGGUGAAACCCUUGAAGAAGAAGAAAAUGAAUUGAACGGGAUUGUCUUGAAUGUCAGAAGAGUUUUCUACAGAGUUGGUUUGUGGACCAAGUCUUGCGAAAGAGAAAAGUUGGAACCUAUUGGUAGACAAUUCAAGAAGGUAUUGAAGUUGACUGAUGGUGACAAGUUGGAAUUCAGUCCUCAUGACAGCGGUGAUGUUAGAGCUCCAGGUGGUUCAAAGGACACUUUUAUUGUCUAA